AUGCACUCUCGUUCUAAUCCACCAACGGAGUGGCGCACACAAGAGGGUGAAGAUUCUCCAUGCACGCCGUCCAGACGAGCAGGACAUCGACCAGUCACUCCCUCCAACAAAUUUGUGAGAAACCCUCAGCUCGCCUACCCAUCACCUUCUACUCCCCCGCGACACGGAAAGAUUUUCAGAAAUGACAGUCUUACUCCCCGAAAUGCUCCAAUAACACCCCAAAGGGACAUUCAUGGAGAAUCUCAUUCCAGUGGCGCUCAAUCCCGGGCUGUCAAUUCUCAUCCUGUCAAACAAGAACUGGCGUUUAAUCAUCUCUCAACGCCGCCGACUACACCCAUCGUUCGUUCUAGUAAGCCUGCUUUAGAAUAUACCCCCGUGAAAGGAAUGUACACCAGCAACCCAACCCCAACAAGCUGGCCUAGCCCUGAGCCGAGUCCAUCCUCUUCCCGUGUAACACGCUCAAGGCAGAAAAUUGGAGAUGAUCGCUCCCAAAGCCUCACCGUCCUUUCUCCAGGUCAACCUGAUAGUACUGCUUCCCCCGCACUCUCCAGGGGAAAACCGUCCAUUAAGUUGGAAGAGUUGGAAUUUGAAGAUUCGGAGAUCUUCAGCAUACCGAGUUCGAUUCGGGCUCCUUCUACUACGCGUUCUUUACCAAGAGCAUCUCAGACUUUUCUUCCAGAACUUGCUCGACCGACAACCCGGUCUCAAACUCGGGUUGCUGCGCCGCUGCCCGAGGUCGCAAAGGAAGCUGAACAACCGUUAUUUGUGCACAAUGAUUCUCUUUUCAUAUUCAAAAAUGGGCAAAGGCUUCGAUCCUUUCAAGCAAUUGAUUUGCAUUUUCUCAUUGACCGGGAACAAGGCGAAAAGGUGUGUGGCACCGAUGAAGUCAAUGAUAUUGGGUAUGUCAUCGCAUAUGACAUGGGGUGCGGUAAGACCGCAAUCUCAAUCGCGCUAAUUGUGUGUCGUCCUCCCCCAAAAGAUUUUAAGGGUGCCAAAGCAACACUGGUCAUUGUACCAUCAAAAGGUAUAAUGGACCAUUGGGUGAAGGAAGCGCAGAAAUUUGCUCCUCAAUUAGUCGUUUGUUUUUACGAUAGCUACAAGGCCAAUAUGUCAACAAAUGCAGACAUUGUUCUUUGUACUUAUACCCAAGUGCAGCGUCAAUAUGACGCCUUCGCACCGGAUCCAGAUGCAUCACCCCCAAAGGCUCAAAAACCAGAGAAAUACUGGCCUCUCUACAAGCAUGGUUGGUUUAGAGUUAUAGCUGAUGAAGCUCAUCAGUUCCGAAAUCCGGAAACAAAGACGGCUAAAGCAAUGUGGGCCAUUCGGAAGAAGCACGGCCUUUGCCUUACUGGAACUCCUGCUCAGAAUUCCUUUCUGGACUACUAUCCCUUGAUUAGGUUUCUUGAAGUAACCUACGAGAAACUCAACAGUCAAAUUCGAUACGAAAGCUUGAUCUACGCAAAGAAGCAAAAGGGGGAUCCCACCACUUCUGCAAGACGCUUAUUAGAUGAAAUAGAGGGCUCCUUUUUUAUUUUCCGAAAGAAGGAUGAUCCGACUGAGGAUGGAAAACCUUUAGUGCCCUUACCUCCUCGUAGAGAUCAGUAUAUCUAUGUGGAAUUGACAUACUGGGAACGCAUCGCUUACCAGCACGUCAAAGAUCUUCCCCUUAGUAUUUUUGCUAAGAUCACACACUUACGGCAAGCUUGUGAUCACCCAGUUCUUGUGUCAGAAAUUGUCAAUUCUAGUAUUUUUGGCGAGGAAGACGAUGAAGAGUGCUUCUCAUUCUCAACACGGGGCAUAUUUCAUGAGGAAUAUGCUUCAUCAAGAAUGUUAGCAAUGCUAAAUAUUCUGACUGCGCGAAAAAAGGGCGACAAAACGAUUAUUUUCACGCAUUUCACAAGGCUUAUCCGCCCAAUCACUCGUGCGCUUAUCCACGCUGAUAUAGAAUGGACAGAAUACACAGGCAACAUGAGUCCACAGGCCCGACGGGACGCGUUAAAGGAGAUCCAAACCGACGAAAACUGCACUGUCAUUAUCAUUUCUAUUAAGGCAGGUGGAGUAGGGCUUAAUAUUCUGGCUUGUAAUUCUGUCAUUCUCAUGGACCCUUGGUGGAACCCAUACUUUGAGGAGCAAGCUAUUGCCCGUGUUCACCGCAUUGGACAGAAAAAGGAUGUGGAGAUAUAUCACCUCAUUGUAAAGAAUAGUCUCGAGGAGCACAUCAUGGAGACGCAAAAGAAGAAACGUCAGAUGAUAGAGGGUGGACGGUCCGACGUUAAAUUUGAGCCUAAAGCUGAACUGGACGCCGAGACAAUGCGUUCCUGGCUAUGCGAAACAAAAGCCGAACAAGACUGA